GAGGCCAGGGCGGUACCUGUUCCUGGAUUGAUCUGGAGCACCCUCAGCUGUCUGGAAGGUCAAUUCUGGCACUACGCCCUCUCCAUCGACCUCCACCAGCCUUGGCAAUUGCGGCCAGAGGAUUUCUAUCCUGAGAUAGACAUGGCCCGGAGAUGGGUGGCACGGAGAUGGCACAGGGACCAUCAUGCGAAUUUGUGCGUGAACGGGUCGGAAGCGGAAAGCUCCGGAUGUCUUUUCGGAGAAAUCCGGUCAGCAGACGACUUCCCUUCUAUCCUGAACGACCGUUCCCUCAUGGUUGAGAACGACACUCACCAGUUCGAUUUAUGGCAGUUCGCCCCUGUCGAGGACAACGGCUGGGUCUUCCUGGGGGAGACAGGAAAAUAUGUGAGCGUCAGCAGCAAGCGCUUCAGCCGCGUGCGGCCCUUGCAACAUGGACUGCUCGUCACCUUGGCCGGAGUCGUCGGAGAGGAAGUCCGGCUGACUGCCCUGAUGCCCAAUAGUGCUGGUUGGACUGUGCUGGAGAAGCUUGUGAAGCUUGAGCAUAUAGUGGCUGUUGUGGCUCUUUCUUCGGAGCCUUCUGAAUCCUUCGAAGAUGUCUUGCAAGUAUAA